AUGUCCUCUCCAGUUUCAGCUAAAGAAGGAGACUCGUUCCCCCUGGGAGCUCUUCCUGUUGGAACUCUGGUCAACAACCUGGAACUGUAUCCUGGGAAAGGAGCCACCUACAUCCGUGCUGCAGGUAACCUUUACCCCUGACCUCUAACCCCUAUCCGUGCUGCAGGUAACCUUUACCCCUGACCUCUAACCCCUAUCCGUGCUGCAGGUAACCUUUACCCCUGACCUCUAACCCCUAACCCCUAUCCGUGCUGCAGGUAACCUUUACCCCUGACCCCUAUCCGUGCUGCAGGUAACCUUUACCCCUGACCUCUAACCCCUAUCCGUGCUGCAGGUAACCUUUACCCCUGACCUCUAACCUCUAACCCCUAUCCGUGCUGCAGGUAACCUUUACCCCUGACCUCUAACCCCUAUCCGUGCUGCAGGUAACCUUUACCCCUGACCUCUAACCCCUAACCCCUAUCCGUGCUGCAGGUAACCUUUACCCCUGACCCCUAUCCGUGCUGCAGGUAACCUUUACCCCUGACCUCUAACCCCUAUCUGUGCUGCAGGUAACCUUUACCCCUGACCUCUAACCCCUAUCCGUGCUGCAGGUAACCUUUACCCCUGACCUCUAACCUCUAACCACUAUCCGUGCUGCAGGUAACCUUUACCCCUGACCUCUAACCCCUAUCCGUGCUGCAGGUAACCUUUACCCCUGACCUCUAACCCCUGACUCCUAUCCGUGCUGCAGGUAACCUUUACCCCUGACCUCUAACCCCUGACCCCUAUCCGUGCUGCAGGUAACCUUUACCCCUGACCUCUAACCCCUGACCCCUAUCCGUGCUGCAGGUAACCUUUACCUCUAACCCCUGACCCCUAUCCGUGCUGCAGGUAACCUUUACCCCUGACCUCUAACCCCUGACCCCUAUCCGUGCUGCAGGUAACCUUUACCCCUGACCUCUAACCCCUAUCCGUGCUGCAGGUAACCUUUACCCCUGACCUCUAACCUCUAUCCGUGCUGCAGGUAACCUUUACCCCUGACCUCUAACCCCUAUCCGUGCUGCAGGUAACCUUUACCCCUGACCUCUAACCUCUAACCCCUAUCCGUGCUGCAGGUAACCUUUACCCCUGACCUCUAACCUCUAACCCCUAUCCGUGCUGCAGGUAACCUUUACCCCUGACCUCUAACCUCUAUCCGUGCUGCAGGUAACCUUUACCCCUGACCUCUAACCCCUGACCCCUAUCCGUGCUGCAGGUAACCUUUACCCCUGACCUCUAACCCCUAUCCGUGCUGCAGGUAACCUUUACCCCUGACCUCUAACCCCUGACCCCUAUCCGUGCUGCAGGUAACCUUUACCCCUGACCUCUAACCCCUGACCCCUAUCCGUGCUGCAGGUAACCUUUACCCCUGACCUCUAACCCCUAUCCGUGCUGCAGGUAACCUUUACCCCUGACCUCUAACCCCUGACCCCUAUCCGUGCUGCAGGUAACCUUUACCCCUGACCUCUGACCCCUAUCCGUGCUGCAGGUAACCUUUACCCCUGACCUCUAACCCCUGACCCCUAUCCGUGCUGCAGGUAACCUUCCCCUAACCCCUGACCUCUAACCCCUAUCCGUGCUGCAGGUAACCUUUACCCCUGACCUCUAACCCUGACCCCUAUCCGUGCUGCAGGUAACCUUUACCCCUGACCUCUAACCCCUAUCCGUGCUGCAGGUAACCUUUACCCCUGACCUCUAACCUCUAUCCGUGCUGCAGGUAACCUUUACCCCUGACCUCUAACCCCUAUCCGUGCUGCAGGUAACCUUUACCCCUGACCUCUAACCUCUAACCCCUAUCCGUGCUGCAGGUAACCUUUACCCCUGACCUCUAACCCCUAUCCGUGCUGCAGGUAACCUUUACCCCUGACCUCUAACCUCUAUCCGUGCUGCAGGUAACCUUUACCCCUGACCUCUAACCCCUAGCCCCUAUCCGUGCUGCAGGUAACCUUUACCCCUGACCUCUAACCCCUGACCCCUAUCCGUGCUGCAGGUAACCUUUACCCCUGACCUCUAACCCCUGACCCCUAUCCGUGCUGCAGGUAACCUUUACCCCUGACCUCUAACCUCUAACCCCUAUCCGUGCUGCAGGUAACCUUUACCCCUGACCUCUAACCCCUAUCCGUGCUGCAGGUAACCUUUACCCCUGACCUCUAACCCCUGACCCCUAUCCGUGCUGCAGGUAACCUUUACCCCUGACCUCUAACCCCUGACCCCUAUCCGUGCUGCAGGUAAUCUUUACCCCUGACCUCUAACCCCUGACCCCUAUCCGUGCUGCAGGUAACCUUUACCCCUGACCUCUAACCCCUAUCCGUGCUGCAGGUAACCUUUACCCCUGACCUCUAACCCCUAUCCGUGCUGCAGGUAACCUUUACCCCUGACCUCUAACCCCUAUCCGUGCUGCAGGUAACCUUUACCCCUGACCUCUAACCCCUGACCCCUAUCCGUGCUGCAGGUAACCUUUACCCCUGACCUCUAACCCCUGACCCCUAUCCGUGCUGCAGGUAACCUUUACCCCUGACCUCUAACCCCUGACCCCUAUCCGUGCUGCAGGUAACCUUUACCCCUGACCUUUAACCCCUAUCCGUGCUGCAGGUAACCUUUACCCCUGACCUCUAACCCCUGACCCCUAUCCGUGCUGCAGGUAACCUUUACCCCUGACCUCUAACCUCUAUCCGUGCUGCAGGUAACCUUUACCCCUGACCUCUAACCCCUAUCCGUGCUGCAGGUAACCUUUACCCCUGACCUCUAACCCCUGACCCCUAUCCGUGCUGCAGGUAACCUUUACCCCUGACCUCUAACCUCUAUCCGUGCUGCAGGUAACCUUUACCCCUGACCUCUAACCCCUAUCCGUGCUGCAGGUAACCUUUACCCCUGACCUCUAACCCCUGACCCCUAUCCGUGCUGCAGGUAACCUUUACCCCUGACCUCUAACCUCUAUCCGUGCUGCAGGUAACCUUUACCCCUGACCUCUAACCCCUAUCCGUGCUGCAGGUAACCUUUACCCCUGACCUCUAACCCCUGACCCCUAUCCGUGCUGCAGGUAACCUUUACCCCUGACCUCUAACCCCUAUCCGUGCUGCAGGUAACCUUUACCCCUGACCUCUAACCUCUAACCCCUAUCCGUGCUGCAGGUAACCUUUACCCCUGACCUCUAACCCCUAUCCGUGCUGCAGGUAACCUUUACCCCUGACCUCUAACCUCUAUCCGUGCUGCAGGUAACCUUUACCCCUGACCUCUAACCCCUGACCCCUAUCCGUGCUGCAGGUAACCUUUACCCCUGACCUCUAACCUCUAACCCCUAUCCGUGCUGCAGGUAACCUUUACCCCUGACCUCUAACCCCUAUCCGUGCUGCAGGUAACCUUUACCCCUGACCUCUAACCUCUAUCUGUGCUGCAGGUAACCUUUACCCCUGACCUCUAACCCCUGACCCCUAUCCGUGCUGCAGGUAACCUUUACCCCUGACCUCUAACCCCUAACCGUGCUGCAGGUAACCUUUACCCCUGACCUCUAACCCCUGACCCCUAUCCGUGCUGCAGGUAACCUUUACCCCUGACCUCUAACCCCUAACCGUGCUGCAGGUAACCUUUACCCCUGACCUCUAACCCCUGACCUCUAUCCGUGCUGCAGGUAACCUUUACCCCUGACCUCUAACCCCUAUCCGUGCUGCAGGUAACCUUUACCCCUAAACUCUAACCCCUAUCCGUGCUGCAGGUAACCUUUACCCCUGACCUCUAACCUCUAACCCCUAUCCGUGCUGCAGCUUAACAAACAAUCUCCAUGUCAUACAUUAGAAGUGGAAUAACAAUAGUAAUUAGUUUUUUAGUCUGAUCACUAUUGAGAAAUGAUAUUAUUGAGUCUGAUCACUAUUGAGAAAUGAUAUUAUUGAGUCUGAUCACUAUUGAGAAAUGAUAUUAUUGAGUCUGAUCACUAUUGAGAAAUGAUAUUGAGUCUGAUCACUAUUGAGAAAUGAUAUUAUUAAGUCUGAUCACUAUUGAGAAAUGAUAUUGAGUCUGAUCACUAUUGAGAAAUGAUAUUAUUAAGUCUGAUCACUAUUGAGAAAUGAUAUUGAGUCUGAUCACUAUUGAGAAAUGAUAUUAUUAAGUCUGAUCACUAUUGAGAAAUGAUAUUGAGUCUGAUCACUAUUGAGAAAUGAUAUUAUUAAGUCUGAUCACUAUUGAGAAAUGAUAUUGAGUCUGAUCACUAUUGAGAAAUGAUAUUAUUAAGUCUGAUCACUAUUGAGAAAUGAUAUUGAGUCUGAUCACUAUUGAGAAAUGAUAUUAUUGAGUCUGAUCACUAUUGAGAAAUGAUAUUGAGUCUGAUCACUAUUGAGAAAUGAUAUUAUUGAGUCUGAUCACUAUUGAAACAGUUUUAUUGUGGUUGUUGAAGGUACGAGUGGAGUGUUACUUCGUAAAGUCAACGGAACAGCGAUUGUACAGCUGCCAUCUAAACAGCAAAUUCAGGUAAUAUAACUGUUAUAUAUUCUAUAACUGUUGUCCUCUGGUUUGUCUGUCCAUAGUCUCAUUUACACUUUACCGUGAGUUUCGUCAUCUGAUCAUUAAGAUCCAAUCACUAUCGGAUCAACGUUUGUUGCAUCUACACAUUGUAUUAAAAUGUAUCUUAUCCUUCCACUGUGUCCACAUUCAGACCAUAUUAUCUGGUGCCUCCCUUAUUUGACUGAUAUUCUUUCAAAAUAAUAUGAACGUAUUUAUUUUAAGACAAUUACUGAUGUCAUAUAUCAAUGGUGCUACCUGUCAAUGAUUUUAGGGGCCUGUAUGAUGAUGAUUUUAAAUGGUUUGACCAUCUAGAUCUGUUUACUAACUGCACCUCACCAGAUCUAGAUUCUAGAAGCUGAUGCUCUGACUGCACCUCACCAGAUCUAGAUUCUAGAAGCUGAUGCACUGACUGCACCUCACCAGAUCUAGAUUCUAGAAGCUGAUGCUCUAACUGCACCUCACCAGAUCUAGAUUCUAGAAGCUGAUGCUCUGACUGCACCUCACCAGAUCUAGAUUCUAGAAGCUGAUGCUCUGACUGCACCUCACCAGAUCUAGAUUCUAGAAGCUGAUGCUCUGACUGCACCUCACCAGAUCUAGAUUCUAGAAGCUGAUGCUCUGACUGCACCUCACCAGAUCUAGAUUCUAGAAGCUGAUGCUCUGACUGCACCUCACCAGAUCUAGAUUCUAGAAGCUGAUGCUCUGACUGCACCUCACCAGAUCUAGAUUCUAGAAGCUGAUGCUCUGACUGCACCUCACCAGAUCUAGAUUCUAGAAGCUGAUGCUCUGACUGCACCUCACCAGAUCUAGAUUCUAGAAGCUGAUGCACUGACUGCACCUCACCAGAUCUAGAUUCUAGAAGCUGAUGCUCUGACUGCACCUCACCAGAUCUAGAUUCUAGAAGCUGAUGCUCUGACUGCACCUCACCAGAUCUAGAUUCUAGAAGCUGAUGCUCUGACCGCAGUUCACCAGCUGUUGUCUUCUGUUUCCAGGUGAUUGAGACAUGCAUGGCAACAGUGGGACGGGUGUCCAACAUCGAUCACAACAAACGGAUCAUUGGUAAAGCUGGCAGGAACCGUUGGCUCGGCAUCCGGCCCUCCAGCGGCUUGUGGAAGAGGAAAGGCGGCUGGGCCGGACGCAAGAUCAAACCACUACCCCCCAUGAAGAGUUAUAUUAACCUGCCUUCAGUGUCUGCCAACUAA